UACCUGCACCACUACCACAGAAGCGCAGGUUCCGGUGAGUGGAGGAAACGGAGCACCACCGUACCUACCACAAACAGGUGCAUCAUUUCCAGGAUGGACGGACGACAAAGCCUCCUCGGUGCCAUCGACUACUGGGCCGAAAAAACUCCCUCGAAGACAGCGCUCACGUUCCUGGAUGAUGCAGGGGCGGAGGUUGAUGCUCUCACUUAUUCCUCUGUCCUCCGGCGCUCCAAUGCGCUCGCAUCCCACCUCCUGGACAAGCUGGGCCUUGUCAAGGGCUCUACUUGUCUCCUCGUUUAUCCGCCAUGCCUCGACUUCACCGUGGCCUACCUCGCCUGCCUCCGAGCUGGAGUGAUAGCCGUGCCGUGCUAUCCGCCUGACCCGAGGCGCCUCAAGAAAGAUCUCCACAUGUUCAAGGCGAUCCAGGGUUCGAGCGGAGCGACCGUGGCGCUAACGAACCGCAACUACAACUACGCCAAGAAGAUGGCCGACAUCAAAGGCAUGUUCUCGGGUGGGGCUUCUUGGCCGGAGCUGAAUUGGGUGGUGACGGACUCUCUAGCGUCGGUGACGGCUGCUGACGAGGACACGGGGAGAUUCUCCGUACCCGAUCCUACGGACGUGGCGUUCAUACAGUACACCUCGGGUUCGACGAGCGAACCUAAAGGCGUCAUGAUCACCCAUUCCAACCUCGCGCACAACCUGAAGCUCAUCCUUGCGGGUCUGAGCGCCGUGGACGACACCGUCGUUGUGGCGUGGCUCCCGCAGUAUCACGACAUGGGACUGAUCGGGUCGGUUCUCGCCCUCCUGUUCAGUGGAGGGUCGGGGUUCUACAUGUCUCCGGUGUCUUUCAUCAAGCGUCCAGCUCUGUGGGUGGAGCUGAUCUCUCGCCACCGGGGGACUCACAUGCAGGCGCCGAACUUCGCCUACGGCCUGACGGCUCGCAAGUUUCUGGCGCUGGACCCGCAGCCGAAGCUAGACCUAUCUUGCGUCCGGCACAUGAUCAACGCCGCGGAGCCCGUGGACACUGCUUCAAUAGACCGGUUCUACUCUGUGUUCGAGGCUCACGGGCUCAAGAGGGGUGUAAUCUUCCCCACGUACGGCCUCGCGGAGCACACGGUGUACGUCUGCUCGAAUGGCAAGGACAGGCUUGUGGUGGACAGGGUCAUGCUCGAGACUGAACGAAAGGUUCGACCGGUGGACAACAAGCUGGAGUUGUGGGCCUAUGGUAUGGAUGGUGCGGGCACCGUCGGGGGGAAAGACGACGGAGUGCUGACGACGGUCGUCGUGGGCUGCGGCCGUCCGAAAGAAAGCGACGGGGUGGACCUCCGCAUUGUCGACACCGAGAUUCACUCCGCUCUGCCUGAAGGAAACGUCGGCGAGAUAUGGGUGACGAGCAAGUCCAGGGCUGCCGGGUACUGGUCUCAGCCGGAGAAGACUGCCGAGGCCUUUGGGGGUCGUCUCGCCAACGAUGGAGACGGACCCGCGCCUGCAGCCGAAGGGUCCGUUGGACACGGUGCCCCUGUCGACGGAUAUCUCAAGACCGGCGACCUCGGCUUCCUGUGGGAGGGCGAGCUGUACAUCUGCGGGCGUAUCAAGGACCUGAUAAUCGUUCGGGGCCGCAACCAUUACCCCCAGGACUUGGAAAGGACGGCCGAGGGGGCUGUGGCGGGGUCGCUCCGUGGAGGGUGCAGUGCGGCGUUCGGCCUCGCGGGCGCCGAUGGGGGUGAGAGCUUGGCGAUAGUGGCCGAGGUGCAACACGUGGGGGCAAGGUUCGACGGCCAGGCUCUGGCGGCCGAGAUUCGGAAGGUGGUGGCCGCCGAGCACGGGGCGUCGCUGGCGAUGGUGCGGCUGCUACGACCGAGGACCAUUCCCAAGACGACCUCCGGCAAGAUUUCCCGGACCAUGUGCAAGAAGGCUCACGCGUCCGGCGCCCUCGACGGCGACACGGUCUUCCUCUGGGGCGACGACCGUAUGGCCAGCCACCUCUCCUCGGCGCCCGGCACCGCCAAGGACCAGACGACCGUCGCUGAGAUGGACGCGCAGGCGGAGAGGGACGAGACUGGGGGCAGCGGCUCCAGCGCGGCGGGCACGGAGGAGUCCAAGUCGUCGGGCGGCGGGAAGGGGUGCCCGGCCGACAUGACCGUCGCUGACAUCCUGAAGGGGGUGCAGUCCGAGGUCGCCAAGAUUCUCAAGGCCGAUGCUUCGGCCAUUCCCAUGGACGCGCCGCUGGCCACGCUUGGAUUAGACAGCAUGGAGGCCAUGCAGCUUAUGUCUCUGCUGGAAGAGAGGUUCUCGGUGACAAUCCCAGAUGAGGUGAUGUUCGAGCCGGACACGACGCUCAUGACGCUGGCUCCCAUCAUCAAGGCCGGCGGAGUCGUCCCGGAAAGAGCGAGGGCCAUCGACUGCGGCUUGCUGGCUGCAAUGGAGGCCAAGGAGGGCCCUCCCAAGGGUUACAUGGCGGAGGAGACGGUGCAGAAGAUGCAGACCCGCCGGCUGACUGAGUGCUCCUUCAAGACCCAGCUGGGGACGGGCAAGUUCAAGGAGGGCUGUCUCUCGGAACAGGCGGAGAUGAGCACAGCGGAUGUGGUGCUGGUCAGGUCUUUCUUUUGCCUGUACGCGGCAGUGGACGUUUUGACGCCCCUGUUCCUGGCGGGGUUGUUGCUGCUGUCUCUGGCGCCGCUCGCCGCGCUGCUAGAGGAAUCGCAGUCACAGGCAGCGGUUCCGGUGCUCUCCUCGGUGGUGAAGCGCUUGUUUGUCCUGUACGUCGUCUGUGUCAAGGGGACGGCCUUGGUGAAGAGCUAUUGCAGCCGAUUCCCUCCUGCUGGAAGGCACUCGCGUCUCCGGGCGUGCGUGAUGAAGUACCUUGGGGUGCGCGUGGUGGUCGAGGGCAAGCAAGAGCCCGGCGUGAUUUACAUCUACGCCGGCGUCGGCCCCGCGGAGCAGCUGCUGCUGUCUUCGGCGGCGCCAAGUGCCCUCUCCCGACCCAUAAGGCCGACGACUACGGCGGUGAUUUGCCCGUCCCUCGCGCACACGGUCCUCCUCUCCCUCCUGGGCUCCGCCUCCGUCGAAAAGACCCACGACUGGGCCGCUUUAGAUUGCGCUGCCGAAGCGGGCGAGAGCGCCUGCACCAGCGGUGGCGAGACGGAGUUGGCGCUUGCACCGGCUGUGUCCACGGCCAUGAAGAGAGGCGCUCAGAUCGUUCCCUGCACCGUUCUUGGCUCCAGCGGUGUAGAUGGGCGAUUCGCGCUGGCCAAGGCGGCCGCCGCGUGGGGCCUUUGGAAGAGGCCUGGGGGAGUUGUCGUGGUCUGCGCCAGGCCGGUGGCGGUGCCGUCGACCGAGGACUCGGCCUCGAUGCUCAAGUAUGCGGAGACGGUCCAGGCGGCCGCCGCCAGGGUGCGCUCGGAGCACUGCAACGCUUUCUUCACUGGCUGAACUGUCUGUCGUUGCCUGUCCAAUCGUCUUUUAUGGGUUUUUUUACCUUCAACAGGGCGCACGAGCGCAAGUCCAUGCGUGACACCGGGUGCUUGUACGUUUAUGAGUGAAGUCGUUGUUCGGACGUUUUUUAUCCUUCGUACACGCGACGUUGGUCUGAACCCGCGUCUUGUGGGGGCCUUUCCCUGGUUCACAACAAAACCAGGAUCAUGUCGGUUUUCAAGAGUUUCGCCCACGUGCAGGACGAAGAAAAGUGGGACUCUUCAGACUGUCGUGAGAUUGUUGUCAUGGAUGUAGUGUUGCGCAGCGACACCACUUGAUGUGGGGAUAGUAUGGGGCCGUUUUGGUGGCACGUGCGGUUGCAGUGAAGCGGGGUUACCUUUAUUUGGAAGCAUUCGAGAAUCCCUUGAGGUCCGAACGAAAGCAACGUAGUCUGGCGUUCCCGAAGCUGGUAUGACCGUGAAUUUGUGUCGUGUGUUGGGUAGGCGUGAUGCUUUUGAGGCUUUUGCACCAGCAGUUGGGAUCGGAACAAGUCGGGAAGAUCUCUCACGAUAUCCUGUCGUUUGACUGAAUUUGUGUUUGUGUGUGAUUUUUCAUCAUAUCUGUGCACCUUUUGAAUUCCUGUUGUAAUGAAUACCGUAUGUUUGACACACCAACCGCUGGGGCCACAGCUGUCGGCAAAAAGGGGCCUUGAUUCAUGGUGCUAAGAAUCCAACACGUGAUGACCACGCCAGGCGUGUGAUGCUACCGCCAAGGUACGCGAACUAUGGUGGGAGUUGCGGUUGACGUGUGUCGUACGUCAGGCAUGCUUUGCCAGCUCUUCGCGAGCAAGAGGGCCAGUGGCAUGAAACUCGCGAAACGUACGACUGACGGUCGGGGAGAAUAUGGUUCUUUUUUAUCAUGUAUAAGAUUGGGGUAGCGCUGUCUGAAAGCCCUUGUCAAGUCUCCUUGCUUUGGAACAGCAGGCGUCAACAAACAGCGGGCCCUACCGCCUAUUUUCGUUUAAGCGUCCCGUGCAGCAAACACAACCAGCAAGGCGCACUCUGGUUCGUCGGCUAGCUAGAAUUUCGUUGCCGUUGUGUUCGUGUUGAGCCCUCAAGCGAGUGGCGCGGGUUCACGUUUAGGUCCCGAAAGACAACACACCAUCAUGGUAGAAUAUCCUCUAGUCGCCUUCAACGAGAAACCAAAACACAGCAGUACACUCGAUACUAGCGAUGAACUGGCUCGUUCAAACAAGACCAUUUCGCUGUCACGCCGUUGUGUCUCCCGUCAAGCGGCCCGGUCAAGAACCAAAACAACAGCAGGAUUCGUUCUGCACCGAUCGCCAUCUCCUCGCCUCAGCCUAGACUACGAUGUACCUCCAGUAUACCGAACGGACUACAUCACAAACUCAAUACCAAUGUUCAAAAGACUGCAUCUACUGCUGCUGCGCCUGUUCGUCCCGCCUGGCCUUCUCCCGAGCCAUCCUUUUCUCCAUCACCCUCUGAAACGCUUCGUUCCUCCUCAUGAUGUCUUCCUCUCGCUCCUUGUUCCCCUCCUGCAGCCUCUUCCAGAAGCCCCCCUUCUGCUUCUCCGCCAGCGGCUUGGAGCCACCGCCGCCCCUGCCCCCGCCCG